AUGGUUCUACUGGUCGACAACUUGGCAGCGCUCUCUACCUCGGCACAAACUCUCACGGGCAAUGAACAGUUCGCAACCGAUCGACGACUAAGGGUGCACGCCCCACGAGCACAUCAUAAAAUUAUUGGUGACGAAGAGAGGACAGUGCGUCGUGAAAUAGUAAAUCUGCUGAGAGGACCAAAUCCUCAACAAAGCUGGCUUUCCACACUUAUGAAUAUCAAUGAUGAGUUGUCACAUAUCCUCCAAUUUGCUAUACCAGCACAAACCUUGCACUCUUCGGACAUCAUUCAGAACUCUCAUUUAUUGGCACUACUGGAAAAAUAUUUCAAUGAGGUAGACAGAAAGCAAAAACACGAAAUCCAACGCUUUUUCGCCGAAGUUUACCCGCAGUCGGACACUUACACUGACAUAGCUACGUAUAUGGCUUCAUACUUUAAAAUUAGUCUACCAGAAGAGCUAUUUGUUUCGAAUCGUUUGGGUUUUUGGUUGGAUGGAUUAAAUUUGUAUGGCUUUUCAAACAAGGAGGUGGAAUUGAUAUUUCGUGCAGCUGGGUACCAAGAAUCGACCGUGAACAACAUUUUGGAUUUUUACGACUUUAUCAAGACCACUACGUCGAUAGAGGAAGCUCUAAGCGUAUUUAUCAAUUACAUGAAUCAUAGAUCUCUUCACACUCAAUCUCUUGUCAUACUAGACGUCCGUGCUGCAAAUGUUGUCAUAAGCAGAGAACAAAUCAUGCAAUCAAAACAAUCCCCUGAUUUUGUGGGCCCAAAUUCCAUCCCACACGACUGGAAGUAUCUUUUGACGCAGUGGAUCAACCACUUUUACACUCAGGACCGCGUACAUCUCAUACUUCAACAUUCUGACUUGAAACGGGAAAAUUUGCAGCAGAUUCUGGGAUAUUACGAUCAAAUUAAAUCGACUUUGCAAAAAACGCCGGAUUUCCAGCUUUCCAUCAAUAACGCGCGACACAACACAGAAGGUAUCGAAGAAGCCGAAAAAGAAUACACUCAAUCCAUCGUUGAUCAAAUUUCUUUACUGGAUGAUCCAAAAUUAAUCGAAGAUAAGUGGAUAAAGCUUUUCAACCACUGGAUUUUUCUCAACUUUUCUCGUGACCAGAUAAAAUCGCAUCUUCAGCUAGCUAUGCAAAGCGAAGAAGACGUUUCAAGUGUCAUGGCUAGAUACGAAAAAUUAGUCCAAUAG